CAACAAUCAGAUGCACUUCCGGUUCCGCUCUGGCAGCGGGCGCUGUGUGGAGAUGCUCGGGUUAGUAGCUGAGAGGUAACGUUAACCGGUGCGCACCUGACCGAGCAGCGGGAGCGCGAGACAGACAGACACUGCGACACGUGCGACACUCGGCACAGCACGCGCGAGUGGAACCGACACCCGAGAGAGUGAGUGAGAGAGAGCGCGCGCGCGCCUGCCUCGAGCCGCUCGCUGGUCGUCAUGGCGAAGAACACGCUGUGGUCGCGGUUCCGGGGCGUGGACAUCGACCAGUACGAUGAGAACCGGUUCGUGGACGAGAACGAGGAGGCCGCGGAGCAGCAGGGACCCGACGGAGCCGAGGUGGACGCGCUCAUCAGGCAAGGAGACAUGAUGACGGCGUUCCACGUGGCUCUGAAGAACCCGCCCAUCAACUCCAAAAACCCAGCCGUGAAGGAGCGUGCCCAGGCCGUGGUGCUGCGUGUUCUCACCUCCUUUAAGAGCAGCGACAUCGAGACGGCCGUGAAGUCUCUGGAUAAGAACGGCGUGGAUCUGCUGAUGAAGUACAUCUACAGAGGGUUCGAGAAGCCUUCAGAUAACAGCAGCGCCAUCCUGCUGCAGUGGCACGAGAAGGCGUUUGCUGUUGGAGGUUUGGGUUCCAUCAUACGAGUCCUGACGGCACGGAAAUCGGUGUGAAAAAAAUACAUUUAAAGAAAAUCCAGAGCCACGGGAUCGAUCUCUUUUCUUUUUUUUCCCCCGCCCUUUCUCUUAAAUAUGGACAGUUCACAUUAAUCCACAUCACAGUCAGGAGUGCUCUCUCUCACACACACACACACACACACACACACACACACACACACACACACACACACACACACUCUCAUACACUACACCCAACAGAGUAUGUUAUUUAAUUCUGACCGGACGAGUGUGUUGUAUUUAUUGUAUGUUAAUGAAUCACGUUAAUAUUUUAUCGCCUGGAGUCUAAGAGGGAAGAGGAUAAGGACUCCAGGCCAUCUAAACUCGGAUCGAUUUUGGCCAGCGCUCUCGGAUACGCACUUCUCAUCUCUUCAGAUUUUUCUUUUUUGUACAGAAAGAUGAUUAAUAUAUAGCGUGGGGAUUAAUUUACAGCGUGGAGGUCGCGGGGGGAUUAAUAUAUAUAGCGUGGAGGUCGCGUGGGGAUUAAUUUACAGCGUGGAGGUCGCGUGGGGAUUAAUUUACAGCGUGGAGGUCGCGGGGGGAUUAAUUUACAGCGUGGAGGUCGCGGGGGGAUUAAUAUAUAUAGCGUGGAGGGUGCGUGGGGGGGAUUAAUAUAUAGCGUGGAGGUCACGCAUGUCCCAAUUAUGUCACGAGCCAUAAGCGUCACAGAGUCAAAAAGGGACGGGGCUUAAAUUUACUUUGCUAAUCGUGUUAAGACGUACGUGUAGCUACUUCAUACAACGUAGCUAAUGCUAAGGUUAAACCUUUCUGCGAUAGCUAACUGAUUAUAAUCCUACAUCAGACAACGAAACAAACAAGAACAAAUCCAGCUCGUUGCUAUAUAACGAUGUUAUAUAAAGUUUGCGAUUGGUUGAUCUCUGCCCCGCCCUUUCGGCGUCGCCUGACGCUGGGGACAUCCGAGGCCGCGAGCGCGCGUGUAUGUGUGGGGGGUGGUGUGUGUGUGUGUGUGUAUGGGGGGUGGUCAUAUGUGAAGUGCCUGGUGCAAUAAAGAUCACAAAUCUGUUUUGCGUCUCUGUGUGUUUGCUGAUCGAAGCCUAAACACGUCUGGAGUUCAGGCCUCGCUCUGGAUCGCUUUGUCGGUUCCUCAGCUGUUUCCUGUUUUGUCGCAUUCUUACCGUCGCACACAGAUGGGAGGUGUAAAUUAGACGCUCGCUGAGCACGUGGCUCGUAUACCACUCAAGUCUAGAGUAUUGAGAUAUUCCGAGAUAUUAUCUUAUCACAUUCAAAAAAAAAAAAACAAUACUUACAAACUGACUGCGUCACAGAUCAGUUGAUGUCAGUUGUUAAAACUGUAAAAACUUCCAGACCUUUUUUCCCCUCGUUCGGUUUUUCAUAAAGGGCCUGGAAGUGCCAUAUUGCU